AUGCGGCUCAAUGUCAAUCAAUGCUUUCCAGAUCCGCUCUCACGGCAGUGGCCUGCCACCCACCACCCGGUGCUGUGCGAGUGCCGACAGCUGUACGUGCUCGUCUCCAUUUGCUGCUGUGUCCCAUCGGCGCACCUCCUCGUAAUGCACGACGGCGGGAGUAACAGCACCGUCACCUCCAUGCCAAAAGGGCCCACGUACUUGGAGCUCCGCAUCACCGAGCAGACUAGACGAGAGGCCUUCUGUGGGUUUCUCAUGCGGGCGGAGUCGGCGACCAUGGCGUCGGUGCCUCCCGGCUUCGCGGAGGACCACCGGCAGGUGACGGUGGUGUGCCUGCAGGAGUUAUCCGCCGCCUCCCCGCAGGUGCUGUCGGCGUUGAUGGACGUUUUAGUCUUUGGCCUUCUGCGGGUGGGAAAUACCGUGAAGCGGGUGCCGUCGCUGCGCAUCGUCGCCUUUUGCGACGCGCGGGCGUACGCCGCGGCGCUGCCUGAGUGCGUCCUUGACGCCUUCGCGCUGUCGACGUACAUGUCGGCGCUUGCCAUGGAGAGCGCCGCCGUGAUUCAGUCCGCCGACACGCAGAGCUCGAACGUGGUGAACAAGCGCCACAUGCUGGAGGUGAUGCUCUCGCCCGACGGCGACGACCUCGUCGAGACCGUGACCCUCGCGGGCGAGGUGUCGCGGUACCUGCGGCACCUGCUGGUGGUCCUCCGCAGCGCCAUGCUGGUCCACAGCGCCCCCGGCAGCUACGUCCCCACACGUGUCCCACGCAUGCUGCGGCUGCUGAAGGUCUUCGCGCUGCUCUUCGCCCCCGCCGCGCAGGACGGUCUCGGGAAGUUGCCCCUCGCUCUGCGUUCCACGUCCUUCACCACCCAGCGCGCGAGCGCCGUCGCGCCCAUCACGGACUUUGCCCACGUUGUGGUGUCUCCGGCGCACGUCAUGUGCCUGCUGUGCCCGAUGGUGGCGCACCUCUUUUCCGUGCGACGCGCGAUGGUGGCGGCGUCCCUCGGACCCGGCGCGGAGGGCAAGGAGAGCAGCCUUCUACUGGCCUCCGACGAGGAGGCGGGCGCGGCCGUCACGCUGUGGGACGCAAGGGCGGUGCUGUGGAUCUCAGUUUCGGGUGGCACCCACGCGGAAGUAACGUUCACUGGCGAUGAGACGUUGCGCCUGGGCCUGUCCACCACGCGGGACAUCGCGCGUGCCCUGCGGAGCAUCCACGAAGAGUGGCUGUCGUACCCGGAGUGCCGCGAGCUGGUGCGCGCGACGGUGCUGAAGCACAGCGCCCCGCCCAAGGGAUGA